UCCCCGUUCCCCGUCUUGUCCCGUCGCGGUUUCACAACCGCGGGCACCGGCAGCAACGCGCACGGCUCCGCCGAUGUCCUGCUGCCUGCAGCCGCUCAUUUUCCUCCUCUUCGCUGCCGCCGCCGCUCCCCGGCAGCCCUGCGGCCCCUUGGGGCUCUCCCACGACACAGUGCUGGGCCGCCCCGGAGCGAACAUCACUCUGAGGUGCUGGGACGAGGGUCCGGGGAACGUCACCGUGUCCUGGCGGGUGGAGGAGUGGGGCCGGAGCCAGCGGCUGCCCGCGGGGAACGCGCUGCCCCUGCACCGCCUGCGCCACGAGGACGCGGGCACCUACAGCUGCUUCGUGGGGAGCCACCGCCUGCGCUCGCUGCGGUUGCUGGUGCAAGAGCCCCCUGAGACCCCUCGCGUCUCCUGCUACCGGCGGAGCCACGACCACGACGUGCUGUGUGAGUGGCCGCUGCGGGCCAAGCCAUCCCCGGGGACAAGGGCGAUGCUCUGGGUGAAGCAGAGGUUCACAGCUGAGAACGCCACGGAGCAGCGGUGCCGCUUCUUCUCCAAGUCACAGAAGUUUGUUUGCCGGGUGAAGGUGCCCCGCGGGGCUGAUGACAUCAAACCCCUCCUGGUGUCCACGUGCGUCAGCAAUGGCGCUGGCAGCGCAGCCGGCGAGGACAAGAUCAUCACCCUCAAUGGUGUAUUGAGGCCCGAUCCCCCCCUCAAUGUGACGGUGACAGCUCUGGAGAAGGCGCCGCAGCGGCUGCGGGUGAACUGGUCCUACCCUUCAUCCUGGGAUCACCGCUUCUACUGGCUCCGCUUCCAGGUCCGCUACCGCCCCGAGCCUGCCCGGACCUUCAGUGAGGUGAGACCCUGGCCCAGCUGCCCAUGCCCAUGUCCCCAACCCUGUGCUGUCCAUGUCCCCAGCCCCGUGCUGCCCAUGUCCCCCCAGGUUGACCAAGUGACAACAACAUGGCUGGACAUCCAUGACGCAUGGCGGGGACUGCAGCAUGUGGUGCAGGUGCGGGCACAGGAGGAGUUUGGCCACGGUGCAUGGAGCGAGUGGAGCCGGGAAGCAGUGGGUGCUCCAUGGACAGACCCCAAGGACCUUAACUCUGAAAUGGGAUUCUUCAGCUCCCAGUUCCCCAUGGAGGAUGGCACCUACGGGCUCACACUGCCUCCCGAGCUCUUUGUGGAAGAUGGUGCUGAUGGCACUGGUGGGCCCAUCAUGGAAGCCAGUGCCCGCUCCACAGCAUCGCCUUACACCUUCCUGGUGGCCGGGGGGAGCCUACUCCUGGGCAUCGCCCUCUGCAUUGGCAUUGUGCUGAGGUACCGGCAGCUCUGGUGGAUGGAUGGGUGGCGGGGGGCAAAGCCAGAGGGUGAGGGGCAGCAUGUGCUGGUACCCCUGGGCUCUCCCAGUCCCCCUCCUAGUGACACCCCCCUGCUCUCCUCGCCCUGCUCCCCAGCCUCUGGGGGGCUCCAUGUCACCAGCCUGGACUACUUCUUCUCAGGGCAGUAGCUGGGGUCUGGAUGAGCUGUUGGGCACUUGCAGGUUGGGUUGGGGGACUCCUGGUCCUGGGGGUUCCUGGGGCUUAGGAUGUGGCCCUGGGAGCAGCGUGUCCCCCCCACUACCCAGAGAUGAUGAAAGUGUCCCCAAGUCCCAUGGCUGGGAGAGGAGAUGGCGGAGGGGAGAUCUGCACCCUCCCUACAGAGACUGGCUGGGGGGGGGCAAGCUGUGUCCCAGGGGGCAGCUCUGGGGCCGCAGCCAAGCUGGGGUGGCUGCACUGGAGCGUGGGAGCAGGGCUAGGCUGUGCCCAGAGGGAUGGGGCUGGGGGGCCCGUGGGGGGGGCACCGGCAGGGCCUGGCUGGAUCAGCCCCAUCCCACAGGCCCCCCAUGGUGGGGAAAUGGGGCAAAACGUGUCUCAAAUAAAUGCCUUUGGUUUGUAA